UCCCAUAAAAGCAGGGCUUUCUGGAUGGUGGAAGACUGUCGCUGAGUGCAGCAAGGCAAUUGUGUGCUUGAAAAACCUGAACUACACUGACAUCAUAGGAUUAGGACUUUUUUUGUUCCAGUACUAAUCUUGAUCUGUAGGUAUGAGGCUGUCUUCAUGAGGAACUCCUGAAGAGGUCUAUCAUUGAGUGCUUUUAAGACAACUGGACUUGAGGAAUCCCUUUUUUAAUUAGUUUAUUUCCUUCUUCACCACCAAGACAUGGUUUUCUGGAUUAUCUUCCCAAUAUCCCUCUCCCUGGUGUCCUUCAUUGGAACAUGGACUGUAUAUGGCCUAGCGUUAGCUAACACACAUGUGUGCUCUCUCAGUGACUGGGGGAGUGACAACUAUUGCAAAGCAAAUCAUACCACUGGAUGUUGCUUGGUUCCCACUAUAAGCUCAAGUGGAACUAAAUCACCAGAAAACUCACUCUUCACAGCCACGAUCAACGCAGGAUCCUUUCUGUUCCUGCUCUUCUGUAUAUUCCACCAUGCUCAUAUUAUGGAGAGACACAGAUGUCAUUCCAUGCUGAGCAAGUUUGCGCUGGUCUUUGGUGUGGUGGCAGCCUUGGGGGCAUUCACAGCUGGAAACUGUAAUCCGGGUGACCUGGCACUGCCUCACUACUUCGGAGCUGCCAUCAGUUUCAUGUGUAUCUGCUUCUCCACUGUGUUGCUCACCUCACUGACCGGCAAGUGUGUGCUGACAGGAUAUGAGAGGGCUCUCUAUCCGCUCCGCAUCGUCUCCACUGUGGUUCAAACCAUCGUUACCAUCUGCUAUACUGUUUUGUUUGCCCAGGACCAGUACUUUUACGUUCACUUGUCGGCUAUAUUUGAGUGGAUGCUCAGCGUCAACCUGGAGCUGUUUGAGCUCAGCUUUGCUGUGGAGUUUUGUUUCUUCUCAUCCUUCAUGAUCUCAAAUCUGCUGACCAAACGAGAGGAGGAAAAGCCUUUGAUUAUAUCGAUGUCUUGAUAUGAGGCCCCCACGGUCCAGGUGCAGCACAUAAGCAGGGAGGAUGGACUGGGUAGCACAUCUGUGAAGACAUCUGUGGCUGGACCUUGGCUUGGAGAACAGUGAUGAACUUUUUCACUGCUCGGGUGGAUUAAUAGUUAUUUAUGAAUUAGGAGAACUUUUGUUUUCGACCUUUGGAUACAGUAGCCUAAACUUUUUUUAAACCAGGCAUAUCUGAUUCUUAUUCCUUAUUUAUUGAAACAAAGUUGAAUAGCAAAUGAACAAAACAUGAUAAAUUCCUUUUAUCAUGUUGAUGCUCUGCCAACAGAACAAUGAACUUUGAUAUGUUACACUCUAAGAAUCCUUAUACGUUUAUCAGUUGUAUUGUGCAAUGACUUGUUAUACUAUUUUAACAUGAACAAUUCCUCAUUAGUUACACUGAUAAGGAUCAGAUUUACUGAAAAUGUCACUGAUGUCAGCUUCCAAUUAUAUUCCUUAAGCACUUGUAUAUAGCUUUGACACUUUAUUAAAUCAUGACCACUGUGUACACUCUCAAGUCCUGUUACUCUGCUGAUUGUACCUUGAAGUGUGGUACUAGGGCGGAGUGAGAUAAAAAACAACCCGUUCAGGUAUUUUCAGUCCCUGUGGCGUCACUAAAUCCUGUUUGACUGCAUGACUAAGGGGCAGCCGAAUAAUAGAUCUGUCAGUGUGUUCUGAAAACAAUGACGUUAAAAUCCUCACCAGGUUACCGUUCCAGAAGAAUGUACUAGUUUUAGGCGUGGUGGGUGAAUCUUUUUUACGUGAAAACUAGAGUAAGGAUUCCUCAAUGUAAUGUACCUUUAAAGAUACAUUUAUAGGUAACUUACUGACAUGUAUUUUCUCCCGUUUCUGUAGUGAUGGGCUCCUACUUUAAUGCAAUAUUUGUGCCAAAGUUAUAACAGGCUGCUAGACAUACAGUAACUCACAAGUGUACGUAUUUUUAAUGCCCACUAAACAAGACAACAUGCUUUCGGGUUUUAAUGCAAAGCACUUAACCUUUACUUGAAAAGAAGGUAAUAUACAUCCUGGAAUUACAGAUAAUAAAGAUACAUUAUUAGCAAAAU